GCGGUAUGUGCAAUUUCAUAAUAAAGACGAGAAAUUUAUAAUUAAUUAUGUGGAAAACGUUUCAAAAAAUAAGAAAUUUCAACGGUAUUGUAAACAAAACGAACUUUAUUCAGUUAAAUCAAUUCAAACCAAGAAAUUUGUCAACAGUACUCAGUGGGAAACAGUUGAAACGAUUUGAAGAUGAAUAUAAAGCCGUUGUUUGUUUAUUAUCCAGAUCUCUGGGAAUAAGUCCACAGGCUGUUCGUCAGAACUUGAACUUGUAUUCUAAUGCGCCCAAGAAAAAUGAAGCCGCCGGCAAACAAACAGAGCAACAAAAACAGGCCGGCACUAGUAGUGGAGGUAAUGCUGGUUCAGACCCUGGAUCAUCGGGAGGACCUAAUGGCAAUAAAAAUGAUAAUGAUGACAAAAUAAAGUCCGUUUUGACUAAGACAAUCAUGUGGAUGUUUACCAUUUACAUGUUUGUAGCAUUUAUUUCAUUGAUAAUGUCUCCACGUAACGAAAGGCCAGAGGGAUCAACACGGUAUGUUUCAUGGAAUGAAUUCGUACAUCAUAUGCUGUCUACUGGUGAAGUUAAAGAGGUUAUUAUUCGACCAGACAUGGAAAUGAUAACUAUUAUUCUGCACGAUGGAGCUAUCGUUAAAGGAAGAAAGGUCUCAUCUACUAUAUUUCAUAUGGCUGUCGCUGACGUUUCAAAGUUUGAGGAAAAACUUCGUGAUGUUGAGAAACGUCUAGGUAUCAAUGAUGGUGUCCCCGUAACGUAUGAUCGCCAGAGUGAGGUGACUGGUCGGAUUUUAUUACUAUUGCUCUUUUUUGCCGUUCUCAUGGCCGUAUCAUCCCGCAUGAAAGGAAUGAAAAGCCCCCUUAGCAUGGAUUCAUUUAGUCAAAUGGGACGAGCUAAAUUUACUUUAGUUGACCCCUUCGAAGGUGGCCGUGGUGUACUUUUCAAAGACGUGGCUGGCUUACAAGAAGCAAAACAGGAAGUUAAAGAGUUCGUAGACUAUUUAAAAGAUCCCGCAAAAUAUCAACGUCUGGGUGCCAAAGUUCCUAAGGGAGCAUUGCUUUUAGGGCCUCCAGGAUGUGGGAAAACUCUAUUAGCCAAGGCUGUAUCUACUGAGGCGCAAGUGCCAUUUUUAAGUAUGAACGGUUCAGAGUUUAUUGAAAUGAUUGGUGGCUUAGGGGCAGCCCGUGUACGAGAUCUCUUCAAAGAGGGGAAAAAACGAGCACCAUGUAUUAUUUACAUUGAUGAAAUCGAUGCUAUAGGACGACAACGAUCUGGCAAUGAAAGUUUCAAUCAAGGCAGCUCUGGUGAAUCUGAGCAGACUCUUAAUCAGCUUUUGGUCGAAAUGGAUGGCAUGGCUUCAAAGGAAGGCGUUUUAAUGUUGGCGAGUACAAAUCGUGCUGAUGUUUUAGAUAAGGCAUUAUUACGCCCUGGACGAUUUGAUCGUCAUAUACUAAUAGAUUUGCCAAAUCUUGAAGAGCGCAAGCAAAUUUUCGAAAAACAUUUGUCCUCCAUAAAACUUGAUGCUGAGCCGAAUACAUUUUCUCAACGUUUAGCUCGAUUAACGCCUGGAUUCUCUGGCGCUGAUAUUGCUAAUGUGUGUAAUGAGGCUGCACUACAUGCAGCUCGAAACAGCCAGAAAAAAAUUAAAACUGAAAAUUUAGAAUAUGCUGUAGAACGUUUGGUAGGCGGCACUGAAAAGCGUUCCCACGCUCUAUCGCCUGUAGAACGAAAAGUGAUUGCUUAUCAUGAAUCCGGCCAUGCACUUGUUGGCUGGUUGUUACCAAACAGCGAUGUCUUGUUGAAAGUUACUAUAGUUCCUCGCACAAGUUUAGCUUUGGGUUUUGCUCAAUACACGCCCAGUGAGCAACAACUUUACUCUAAGGAAGAGUUAUUCGAUAAAAUGUGCAUGGCUUUAGGCGGCCGUGCAGCUGAAAAUUUAAUUUUCAAUAGUAUAACCUCUGGUGCACAAAAUGAUUUGGAAAAAGUAACAAAAAUUGCAUAUUCACAAAUAAAAAAAUUCGGUAUGAACGAUAAAAUUGGACCAAUUUACAUAAGAGAUUCUGAGGAAACUGGAGGUUACGAUAAACCUUUCUCUAAAGCUCUAGAUAAAUUGGUUGAUCACGAAGCAAGAAAUCUUAUUGCGACUGCAUACCAAAAGACAGAGCAAAUUUUAAAAGAUAAUCGCGAAAAGUUGGAAAAGCUUGCUGAGGCCCUUUUGGAAAAAGAAACGCUUAACUAUGAAGAAGUUGUAAAUCUAAUUGGACCACCACCCUUUGAUGUGACAAAUCGUACAAUUGAACCGGUCGAAUUCGAGCAAACACUUAAAAAUCUAAGCGAAGAUACAAAAUAAAUCAUUAAGAUUCACUCUUAAUUUAUAAUGAAGUGUUUAUGUUUGUAAAUAA